UAAUUGCAAUAUUUAUAUAAAAUUUCUUAUCAAACUAUACCACAGUAAUUUUACAAAAUGUCAGCGUCCUUAGAUGCAUCUUUAGACCCUAUGGAGGAGAUUCGGUUUAGAAAAAAACACGGUGGAUUAUGGGCGGAAAUUCAAAAGAGUACACAUUUUACCUUCGACGAGCUAGAAAAUAUAAUGGUUAUAUUUUUUAAAAUACAAAAGAGAGAUGAUAAACCAGUCGCGUCGGAUCUUAUAUCGAGAGCCCACUUUAGAGACGUGUUACACACCGGUCUUGGAAUGACAGAUUCGUACAUGAUGGAGAGAGUAAUGGUGGCACUGGACCGAGGGACCUCGCCCUACGUGACAAUGGCAACUUUUGCGAAAGCCAUGUCACUCUACCUUCGCGGCAGCUUGGAAGAGAGAAUCACUUACGCGUUCACUUGCUAUGAUUUAUUAGGAGAGGGUUAUUUGCGACGGGAAACUAUGUAUCAAUUGAUGAAGAAAAGCUUGGCGAAAGCUUCAAGAGAUGAUGAUGUAGAAGAAGCGGUUAAGGAACUUGUGGAUAUAAUGUUGAAACGAAUGGACGCUGAUUUGGACGGAGUAAUAAAUUUCAACGAUUUUUAUGUUUCUGUGACUAAAACACCAUCUCUACUGGAAAGUCUUGGUUAUUGUCUGCCUGAGAGACCAGCCGUUUACGCUUUCGUAUCUACAUGGUGUCCCGCCUGGAAAUCUAUGUGAAGAUAGUUUAACAUACUGUAUAUAGUUCGUUCAACAAAGUUUGGCUCGCGGCACUUUCAUAACUUAGGGUAAAUUGGCACUUAAAUAACUAGUACAUUAAUAUUACAU